GACAUUGAAGAACAUCACUGAAGAAGAAGAAGAAGAAAGAUAAAACUAAAGGAUGAAGCCAAUUGACGAUAAACAAGAGAAAGUGACGAUCAGAGCGGUGAGCCGCGACGAGGAAGGAAGAAAGAGGGUGGAGAAGAGAGAGGUCAACACUCACAACGUCGACACCCUAAAGUACGUCGAGAAGAAGCUCAUCAACAAGGGUAUCCAGCGCCAGGACCGCCACCCUUCCGACGGCAUCGGCAUCGGACGACCGCCUCCGAAAUCCGGCCACGGCGGCAAGUUCACUUGGGAGGGCCCCUCUGACAUGGCGGAGAACGAGCUCAUGGCGGCGCCCGCGGCCAUCGACGAGGGGGAUCCGAACUAUGAGGAUGGUGAAGAGAAAGGAGAGGAGGUGGCGGAGUUAGUUGUUGGAGAGGUUGAAGUGGCGAAGGUUGGUCAGGAACACGACGGAGUUGCUAGGGUUGACAUUGAUCCUCGCCUGAAAGUUAACUAAUUAACCAUCAUGUGUUGUGUUUUGAUGUUUUCCUUUUACAUAAUCUAAAUUUGUCAUCUUAGAUCAAACUAGUAAAUUCUGUUAUUUUGUUUUUCUAUCCAAAAUAAAUCGCAUACUAGUGUUUUUCCUUUUAUAA